GCCUUCUAAAGACACUUCAGAGCGUGACAUGUAUUUGAUCGCACGAACAAAUGUUUCAAGGGUUUUUCCCCGUUUCCCGAUAAAGUGGGAACCCCGGACUAAUUACCCUUAGGGAUGGUUCCAACUAUCACGUCCGGAGAUUAUGAACAAAAGCAACAGUCCAUUGGAACCGUUUCCUUACAUGGCAUUUCAGUUGUUUCGUGAAAACCAAACUGAAAGGUUCGUUUUACCUUUUAUCUGCCAAGUUUUUUCGUCCUUUCUCCAACGUUCAAGUUUAAACCAAUCAUGAAUACCUGUGAAAACCAAGAGUUGCCAUUUCAAGAGCUGAUUGCCGAAUGCAACACAAUGCUGGCAAGAAUGGACACUCUUCAGUUGAACACCUUGAUAGAACGUUUCGCCGAGGAAAUCGAUUCCAGACAAAUUCUAAGCUAUUUGGUAGACGGUCGUUCUCUACUCACUUACCUUAUUUCUCGUCAGAUUGUUCGGCCUGAUAAUUUGUCAGCCCUCGUUGCCAUGGCAGAAGUGGCAGAGAGAUCUGACCUCAAACAAAUCAUUGGACGCUAUUGUUAUUCACCGUCAGGGUCGUCUGAUUUGGAAGACACCUGUGUAAUCGAUAAUGUUUUGACUUGUGUUUCUGAGACUAUACAAAAUGAUUGGAGAAAUUUGGCUCGCCAAUUAACUCUGGCAGAGUUUGACAUUGCCAACAUUCAAGCAUCUACCGGCAAUGAUCGGCAAUUAGCGGCUUCAGAGAUGCUUGACCUGUUUCGUCGAAAACGAUCAAAUCAAGAUUUCCUAAGAGAACUCGUUACUGCGUUGAGAGCCAUCAAACGGUUCAGCUUGGCAGCCAGAGUCAGUGAAUUGGCCAAUCCAUUACCAUUGCAAUAGGAUUGACCGAAAAAAACAAUCUGGCAGCUCCGGACGAACUUCCAUAGCUGGAUCCGCCCGAUGAACUUCCGUAUGUGGUCGACGAUGAGGACAUGCUACCAUAGCUGCUGGAUGAAGAGCCAUAUGCGGAUGAGCUGCUUCCGUGGCUGCUGCUGCUACCACUGCCAUAGCCAGUCGAGUAGGAUCCACCACCAGAAACGUUCGAUUGGGCAGCCGAGGCAGCAGCAGCUGCUUUGUUAGCGGCCUGUUGGGCGGAUGCCAAAUCAGCAAGACUGGCUUGUUGCUUCUGAGCGAGAUGUGCAGCAUUCUGUUGAGCCUGGAACGAAAUCGAUUUUUU